CUGCGCCCACACCAGCAGGAUCCAGCCCCUUCCUUCCGUCCCGCGUGGCCAGAACUUGAAAGAAAAGUGGACGUAGGAGGGAGUGAUGAUGCAAAAGUUACCCAAAAAUUGGGGCGGGGAAAGGAGGCUACAGUUAGGAAGGCUAACAAGCUGCAAAAGGAACAGCGGAAAGUUGGGAGGUCGGGAGGGUGCCCUGUUCCGGGGGAAGGAGCAAGUACCACAGCAGCGAGACUUUUCCCUUCUCUGAUUCAGGAAGGUGCUAGACAAAAACAUGGAAUUCAUUUCCCCAACAGUGGUUAUAAUCUUAGGUUGUGUUGCUCUUUUAUUAUUUCUUCAGUGGAAGAACUUGCGUGGACCCCCGUGCAUAGGGGGCUGGAUUCCUUGGAUUGGAGCUGGAUUUGAGUUUGGAAAAACCCCUCUAGAAUUUAUAGAGAAAGCAAGAAUCAAGUAUGGACCGAUAUUUACAAUCGUUGCUAUGGGCACCCGAAUGACCUUUGUUACUGAAGAAGAGGGAAUUAAUGUGUUUCUAAAAUCCAAAGAAGUAAAUUUUGAACUAGCAGUGCAAAAUCCCGUCUAUCGUACAGCAUCAAUCCCAAAGAGUAUCUUUUUAAAACUGCAUGAGAAACUUUAUAUCAUGGUGAAAGGGAAAAUGGGAACUUUCAACCUAUAUCGAUUCACUGGACAACUGACUGAAGAAUUACACGAACAGCUGGAGAAUUUAGGCCCUCAUGGGACCAUGGACCUGAACAACUUAGUGAGGCAUUUCCUUUACCCGGUCACAGUGAACGUGCUCUUUAAAAAAGGUCUGUUUCCCACAAAUGAGAGGAAAAUCAGGGAGUUCCAUCAGCACUUUCAAGCUUAUGAUGAAGGUUUCGAAUAUGGGUCCCAGUUGCCAGAAUGUCUCCUCAGAAACUGGUCAAAAUCCAAAAAGUGGCUUCUAGCACUUUUUGAGAAAAACAUUCCAGAUAUAAAAACAUGCAAAUCUGCAAAAGAUGAUUCCCCGACAGUAAUGCAGGCUCUGCUGGAUCUCCUAGAGAUGGAAACAAAUGAACAGAAGAGUCCCAAUUAUGGGCUCUUACUACUUUGGGCUUCUCUGUCCAAUGCUGUCCCUGUUGCAUUUUGGACAUUUGCAUUUGUCCUCUCUCAUCCCAAUAUCCACAGGACCAUUGUGGAAGGCAUAUCAUCUGUGUUUGGCACAGCAGGUAAAGAUAAGAUUAAAGUGUCUGAGGAUGACUUGAAGAAACUCCCUCUAAUUAAAUGGUGUAUUUUGGAAACCAUUCGUUUAAGAGCCCCUGGUGUCAUUACCAGAAAAGUGCUGAAGCCAGUUAAAAUUUUGAAUUAUACCGUUCCUUCUGGUGACUUGCUGAUGUUGUCUCCAUUUUGGCUACAUAGAAACCCAAAGUAUUUUCCUGAACCUGACCUGUUCAAGCCUGAACGUUGGAAAAAGGCAAAUUUAGAGAAGCAUGCUUUCUUGGACUGCUUCAUGGCAUUUGGGAGUGGGAAGUACCAGUGUCCUGGAAGGUGGCUGGCUCUGUUGGAGAUUCAAAUAUUUAUUAUUUUAAUAUUGUAUUAUUAUCACUGUAGUCUUCUAGACCCAUUGCCAAGACAGAGUUCUCUCCAUUUGGUGGGUGUCCAGCAGCCGGAAGGACAAUGCCGAAUUCAAUUUAAACAAAGAAAAUGAUGUCUGCUGGGCCUAAGGAGGGCCAAGGCCUUCUUGGAGGAGUGACUGCCCCCCAUCCUCUAGCCUGGCAGCACCGAGACCUGAGUUUGACUGAAACGUAUCACUUAAUUUUGUUUAAGGAUUUAGUUCAAGACAAGGUCCAGAUGGGAUGUGUGUUUGGUAUCUCACGAGUAGACCAAGAAUCUGACAUCACUCUAUAUCUAUUGAUAUAGAGACCCCAAUACAGGGUUUAUAGAAAAUGUUUCCAUGAUCCAAAAAAGAGGCACUUAUUAAGAAGUUGGAAUUUGGUUUCAUGCAUUACUGUAUCAAAACUUUAAAUAGAAAUAAUGUCACUUGAAUGAAAAUUUUACUAUAUUAAAUUUACUGUGAAGACGACAUACUUAAACUUCUAUUUUGCAAAAGGCUAAAAGUCUUAGACUCUAAAAAGUAUUAAAUAAUGAUUUCUGGAAAUUUUCUAUUUUUCUUAAUAUGAUUCUUAACUCUAGCAAUUGAAAUUCUUAAACUGCUAUUAAUAUAACUCUUUAUUCAACAUGUCUAACACUAAAAGUAUGAAUAAUAUGAUAGCUUUCUAACACCUGUGAGGUCAGGGAUCAUGUCUGACACUCAUUUCUACACUCAACUAUGCCUAGUACAGCACCUUCUCUAUAGGACAUAUUCAAUAUAUGUUAUGUUGAUUGGUGUACUGAUUUGUAUUUUAGUUAAGAUAAAAGGACUCCUUUGACUCAAGGUGUUUGUAAUUGUAGUUUGAGAUAAUAUUUUUCCUAAUUUAUAGAAACUCAAAUUAAAUGAUGUGUCAAGGCAAAUAACAACUUUUCAAUCUAUUACUUAAGACUUUUGCCUGAAACACUUACUAUGAAAUCCAGAAAAGAAAUCCUGUCAUGUUCAGGGAAAAUAUAUGACACUAAUAACAGCAUGAUCGAUGAUGUCAUGAUUUGUCCUCUAACAGUCAGUGAAAUGCCGCCUGCCUCCUUGAUUUCACAGUAAGUAAGUUUUGGAGUGCAUGUUGUCCUCUGGAUUAUUUGCUCCCCUGUGCGAGAAUUAUCUGGUGGGGUUGAUAACGAUUGCUUAGUCAUCUAUUUCCUACCAACAAGCAGAUGACUCCCUAGGAGAAAAUUAAGUACUUUGGAAUGCAUUAACUCUCCGGGACUAAUACAGUGAUUUUGAAGCUUAGCUAGCAGUUUACAGCGUAGCUUAGCAGGCGCGGAGGUCUGGAGACUGAAGGGGCUAAAGAAAGCAGCUUAGAAUCCACAGGAGAUCUGAGAAAGGCAGACAACUACCUGGCAGGUUCUUCUAAAUAUGGCAGGUGUGUUCCCAGGGAAGGCUUGUUCUCCCCCAAGCAGCUGAGGCCCACAGCCAUACACUGUAUUUGCAAAUAAUAAACACUUGAGUUGAAUUUGCAGACCCUCAGGGCAGUGUUUAUUUCCUUAUUAUUGCUUGGUAAGGAUGAACCUUAGCUGACAAGUUCAUGCACUUUAAAAAAACAGUGCAGAUGCAGGAGGUCUACUGACCUUUGAAAUGAUACAUGGUGAGAUGAAUAUACUUGGAGGUCCCUAUUUGUUUUUAUUUCCCUAGCCUGGGAUUCUAUAUUUUGUAUAUUAAUAAAAUGUAUAUUCAUAUAUAUAUGUAAAAAUACAUACAUUGGUAUACAUUUAUAUGUGUUAACUUGAGUUUUCCAGAAAGCAGAGUCUGAGACAGACUUGUGUGCAGUGCAGAUAGUUGACUUGAGACGUGCUCCCAGGCGGCAGAAAUAAGGGAUCGGAAAGAAUACACCAUAAUUGAGUUACGUUAUCAAGGUAGAUGUCCUAGUCCCUAUUUCAGAGGACAAGCAAUGAGGGGUGGGGGGACCACGUUCAAGUGUGGGCACGUGAGGGGUGGCUGGAGCGCUGGUUAGGUGGCGAGCAUGGAAUUCUCAGUGUAGUUUUGAUCAUGUUUUAAUACAAAUGUGAGAUCACCUAUAUGCAGAACAUCCUUGUGCAGGUAGCCAUCAUGGCAUGUGUAAUAAUUAACAGUAACCCUCUUUCUUCUCUUGUCCCCCAACAGGCAGGGGCACAAAUUAUAACUUCAUUUUUACCUGGCAGCCCGAAACAAGGAAGAGUUCACGUAUUUACUGACAGAAUUGCAGAACUAAAUGGUGGUGCCCUUGGAAACUUGUAAUUAAAGCAGGAAAUGGGGAAGGAGGGGCCGUUAAAACUUAAAUUAGGAAGUCACCUGCUGAAACGUAAGUGUAAGCAUUUAGUUAGAGUUUUGUACUCAUGAAAAGGCACGUCCUUUCAAGAUUUUAAUGUGGAAAAAAAAGGAAGUGUCUUAGUCUAUUCAGGCUACUGUAACAAAAUACCAUAGACUGGGUGGCUUUUAAACCACCGAAAUUUAUUCCUCACGGUUCUGAAGGUGGGGAAGACCAAGACCAAGGCGCCAGUAUGGUUGAGUUCUACUAAGACCCUCUUCCUGGUAUAGUCAGUCAUUUCUCUAUGUCCUCACGCGGUGGAAGGGGUGAGGGGUCUCUUAUAAGAAUAACCAUCCCAUUCAUGAGGGCUCCACCCUCGUGACCUAGUCGACUCCAAAAGGCCCCACCUCCUAAACCAUCAACUUUGGGAGGAUUCAACAUGUGAACUUGGGGAAGGCACAAACAUUCAGACCAUAGCAGGAAGUAAUCCUCCACAGUUGCUUAACUUUCUAAGUAGAGUAGUAGAGGUCUAGCUAUAUAUUUUGCUCUGAAGGAGGGCCCUGGACAGCACUUGGAAAUGCAGAUGGGGGCCCCGCAUCUCUUGAUGAAGCAACCAGGAGCCUGGGAUUGUCUCUGAGAGCAUCCACACAGGAGUGGACCAUGACACCUGGCUUUCAUCAGCAUAGCAUCUUUUGUUUUCAAAAAGUUUUUAGAAUAAAUGUCUCCAUAUUUCUCCAUUAAUGUUGGGUUUGGGUAAUUAAAAUGAACUUAUUAGAGUUUUGUUGUUAGUUUUUAAAUCUUAUUUUUUGGUAUUUUAAUUAAUGGCUAUGGGUGGUUACUGAUAAGGGUACAACUUCUAUAAACUAUUUAUUUUCCUGAUAAGAUGCCUAUUACAUUUCUAGAAACCAAUAAUGUGAGCUUCUAUCACUUGAGCAGUUACUGUGAGUCAGGCACUUUGCUAAGCCUGUUUCACUUACCCACUUUUAUUCUCACAAUAAUCCAGUGUGUCAGGGUGGUUUCUAUUAUUAUCAUCCCUGUUUUACAAAUGACAGAAAUCGAGCUUGGAGAGACUGGGUGACAUACUUCAGGUCACCCAGCUAGGAAGUGGCAGAGGCAGGAUUUGAACCCAGGGAGCCUGGCCCCAAAGCAUGUCCUCAUAACACUAAAUAGUGCUACAUCCUUCUUAAAGAGAAAAUUGUUACCCACAAGAGACAGCACCAUUGACUUCGUUGUCAUCAUAAUCUACACUCUGGGUUCUCUCUUAAGUCUUAGGGAAAAAGUGGCUAAUUCAUUGUAUAACCUACAUUACAAAUGGAAAAGGACUCCUGUUGUAUGCCAGUUUCCUUCCUCCUCAGCUUCCUUCUCUGGAAGCCCCCAAAUACCCCCCCUCCUUGUGAGAAUUAUGCAAUAGACCAGCCUAGGAUGAGACCUAGUAGAUGUGAGAGGGGGCCAUUCACUCUUCGAAGAAAAAUAUCUGAUAAAAAUGCAUCUUUUUAGUGAGGGCAUAUAAAUGUAAAUGUUGAACAAAUGUUAUAAAUUCUAACGCUAUAUUCUAGCAUGCACUGUCUAUUCACAGCAAUGAGCUUUUUUUUUUUUUUUUUUGAGCAGUGUUUUACCUUGUUCCUUCACAAAAAUAGCCCUGGUCAUUAGAGACCCAGUAGGCCAUAGAGUAAGGAAUAUAUAUGGAUUUUUCUCUUCUGGCAGAGACAGGAACUAGAUGAAAUCUGAACAGUCUUAGUUCAAGCUUUGUCUUCAGGUGACUUGGAAUUUGCAGAAGAAAUAACCUUUGGGGAAGGUUAUUAACUCAUGUAAGAGACGUUGAACAAUUAUUUUGAAAAGCACUUAAGGGAAGGGGAGUGAUGUUUACUUCAGACGCCUGUAGACUCCCCUUUGAUUUUUAUUGCUGUCGUUGCUGGAGGGGAACAUGUUAGAAUCAUAAUACAGAAGGAGAGCGAGCAGCCCAACAUCCUGGCUUUGCUGCUUAAGAAGCUGAAAUCCAAGUGGGAGAAAUGUCAUGUUAUGUGCACUUGUUCGAUGUUCCAUGACUAGCGAAGACAACCCUCUGGGUGAGGUGGUUUAAAUGAAUGAUUCUUUGAAGACAGAAAAAAUAGAACAAAUGAGUAAAUUUCAAACUUCUUUUGGCAGCAAAACUUUUCUUCCUACAACACAUUAGUUUAUAGAUCUCCAGGACAAAAGCAGAUUAAAGCUGAUAGAUCCAAUUCAGCAUUUAGUUGAGUAUACUUCAUUGUUUACAGAAUGCAUUACACACCUCCGCAGAGCCCUAGGGGUCAAAGAAGCACAUAUUGAAAAACACUGAACUAGAUAAACCUUGAAUGUUAGGUGCUUCCCCAAAUUUUGCAGUGUCUUGACAGUUUCACGGGGUCAUGUGACCAAUUUGGGCCAAUGGGAUAUAAGUAGGAUGAUGAGUGGCGAUUCCAAGCUGAAGAAGGACAUCAGGAUAUAUAUUGUCUUUACUUCCCUCGUCCCCUGAUGUUGCGAUGGAGGAGACAUGCAGCAACAAGAAGGCAGAGCCUCCAUCAGCCUAAGACCCUGAGUGUCAGUGAGGAGGAGAGAGCCCUUCCCAUUGUCUGCACUGGCUGUACAGCGUGAGCAAGAGACAUGGAUGUUUGGUAGCACAGCAUAAAUUAGCCUAUCCGAACAGUCUCAGAAAUGGAAUUCUCUAGUUCCUGUUCUUUUUUUUUUUUUGCCUUUAGUCUUCUUUAAUCUCAUAUCUUUCAGAGGAAUACACAGUUCCAGCGUGCUGCAUUCCAGCUCAAGGGUGGCAGUGGAUUAUACUAAACUGACUUCACGGAUAUGCUAUGCAGUAACAUUUUUUAUGGUCGUAACACUGCAGUCAAAAUUAUAUUUUGGCUGCUGUCCUUUAUUUUCUGAGCAAUCAAUUGGCUUAUUAAAUAGAAAAGGGUUCCCACACAAAAUAAUUUCUAAGUGAGUCACAUAGGUUAUUAACUCGUGUAUGAGACGUUAAACAAUAACAGCCAGUUUAUGUUGAGCACCUACUGUGUAUGAGGUAAUUAUAGGGAAUAGAGCGUAGAGGUUCAGUAUAGAAAAUUUGAUAUCCAAUAACUUGCAUUCAGAAUCCAACUCCACUAUUUUCUGAUUGUGAGGCUUUUUGCAAGUUACUCCUCUCCUUAAGCCUCGGGACUACAGUGAAGAAAAUAAGGCCCACUCUUUAAGGUUGCUAUGGCUUGAAUUUGUACUCCAAUACAAAGUCGAGCCAUGCUAAGUACGGACCAAGUAACAUAAUAUUAUUGAUUGGGUGACUUUAACCAACUCCAUCAUCAAGACCGAAAUUUUCUUUCUGUUUUAUAAAAAAAGUCUUAUUAGACCACUAAUAAUUUCUUAUGCAAAAGUAUAAGAACAGGAAAAAUAUUUAGUUCUAUUAGAAUAUGUUGCUCGAUUGAAUGGUAAUCAGGACUAUUAUUUUAAAUUGCUCUCUCCCUUCAUUUAAUCACCUCAAUAUGAAAUGUUUGUCUAAAAGCAACCAGGGAUUUAUUCUUUCCCCUUCAAUCUGUUAACCAGCCAUUGUGUAUUUAAUUAAUUUGAUUCAUGGAUUGCAUUAAAUAUUUUCCAUCACAUCUAAUGUAAUAUUCCUUAUCUGUUCAUUAACACAUGAGUCUAACCAUAGCAGAACUAACUAGUUUAACAGAGAUUAUUUUCUUCCACUUUUAAAAGUAAAGAAAAUAGCAAUUCAAAACUGGAACAAAUCCAGUUGAUGUCCAAAGCUCUCUGAAGUAGGGGAUAGGUAGGAAACUAUUGUAUAAAAGAAAGAAUAAUUGUUGUGCUGUGGGAAGAUACAAGUUCAAAUUCUAGCUUUGUCCUUCAGUUUUGUAUAAUAAUGAGCAAAUCAGUUCAGAUCUUUGAGCUUCAGUUUCUUCACAAGUUAAACAUCAUACUAUACUCUUAAUUCAGAAGACUAUGUGUGGGACAGCUGGAUUUUCACAUGCAAAAGAAUAAAGAUGGACCCCUAUCUCACACCAUAUACAAAAAUAAGCUCAAAAUGGAGCAAAGAACUAACUAUAAGAUCUAGAAAAUUCCUAGAAAACAUAGGUAUAAAUCUUCAUUACCUUGGAGUAGGCAACGUUUUCUUAGAUAUGACACUAGAGGCACAUACAACAGGAUAAACUGGACAUCAUCAAAAUUAAAAACAUCUUUGCCUCAAAGGACACCAUCAAGAAAGUGAAAAGUGUGCUAUGUGUGCUGUGCUAUGGUGUGAAUAUGUGUGUCCAUCCCCCCCACCCAAAUUCAUAGGUUAAAAACCUAAUGCCCAAGGUGAUGAUAUUAGGAGGUGGGGCUUUGGGGAGGUAAUUAGCUUCACGAGGGCAGAGCCCUUGUGGAUGAGAUUAGUGCCCUUUAUAAAGUGCCUCUUAUAAUAGAGGCUCCAGAGAGCUCCCUCACCCCCUUCCGCCAUGUGAGGACACAGGGAGAAGUCAGCCAUGCGCCAUCCAGAGGACAGCCGUACUGGCACCCUGAUCCCAGACUUCCAGCCUCCAGAACUGUGAGAGAUAAAUUUCUGUUGUUUAUAAACCACUCAACUUAUAGUAUUUUGUUCUAGCGACCAAAUGGGCUAAUACAAGAUCAGAGAAAAUUCUGCAAAUCGUACAUCUGAAUGGGGACUUGUACCUAGAAUACAUAAGAACUAUUCCAACUCAAUAAUAAAAAGAUUUUAAAAGUGAGCAAAUUAUCUGAAUAGACAGUUCUCUGAUGAAGACAUAAAAAUAGCCAAUAAUUACAUAAAAAGAUACUCAACAUAACUGUCAGAGGAAUGCAAAUCAAAAUAAAAAUGAGAUACUACUUCACACCCACCUGGAUGGUUAUCAUCAGAAUGACAAGUGUUAGGAUAUGGAGAAAUUAGAAUCCUCAUAAUGCUGGCAGGAACGUAAAAGGUGCAGUUGCUUUGAGAAACAGUCUGGCAGUUCCUCAGGUGGUUAAGCACAGAGUUACCUUAUGAUCCAGAAAGUCCAGUCUCAGGUAUAUACCGAAGAGAAUUGAAAACAGAUGUUCAAACCAAAAUUUUACACAGAUGUUU